GGUUAAUUUUGUUUCGCCUGAAGACACACCUUUCACAAAGAAAAGAUUAUUUUGUCGCCUCAUGACGGUGCGCAUCGUGUCCUCGCUCUCUGAGCUUCAAGUGCUCUUGAGCCAGCCAAAGCUCACCGUGGUGGAUUUUUUUGCCACCUGGUGUGGGCCGUGCAAAGCCAUCUCUCCACUUAUGGAGAAUUUAGCAGCCUCUAAGCCACACGUCAAUUUCGCAAAAGUCGAUGUCGACCACACUCCCGAUAUCAUGAGCGCGUAUCCGGUUCGCGCAAUGCCUACUUUCUUCUUUUUCAAAGGUGGAAACGUUGUUGAAAAAUUUGAAGGGGCCGACAUUAAUUCGGUAUCUCGCCUGGUACAAGAGCACGAAGUUGUGCCGCCACCACCGAUCCCGUCCGAUGAGGUUCUGGAAACUAUGAAGCCCCGCGAUCUCCUCUCUCUCAUGAGGCAAAACCAUAUUCCAACAAUUGGUCUGGUUGAGAAAAGCGAACUCAUCAACGAGAUCAAGAAGUACCGCAAAUGA